AUGUCCCGCAAGGCCAAUGUGGAAUACACGCUGCGGAGCCUGAGCAACCUGAUGGGGGAGAAGCGGCGCCGGCAGCCGCCGCCGCCGCCUCCUCCGCAGCCGCCCUCCAGGCGGGAAGCCUUGGGCGAGCGGAGCCUGAUCGCGGCCGCCGAGUCUUGCUCCAGCUUGAACAGCCAGGCUUCUUCGUCGGGAGGCGGCGGAGGCUGCGGGGAUCUGGAGCGGGCGGCCAGGCGUCAGUUCCAGCAGGACGAGCCGGCUCCUUUCGUCUACGUGGCGGCGGCUUUCUCGGCGCUGGGCGGCUUCCUCUUCGGCUACGACACCGGCGUGGUGUCCGGGGCUCUGCUGCUGCUGAAGAAGGAGCUGCGGCUGGACGCCACCUGGCAGGAGCUGCUGGUCUCCAGCACGGUGGGCGCCGCCGCCUUGGCCGCGCUGCUGGGCGGCGCCUUGAACGGAUACUGGGGGCGCCGCGCCUGCAUCCUCCUGGCCAGCCUGCUCUUCACCGCCGGCGCCGUCCUGCUGGCCGCCGCGCCCGACAAGGAGACGCUGCUGGGGGGCCGCUUGGUGGUCGGGCUGGGCAUAGG